CGCGAUGAAGUGUGGGCUCUUGCCCAUCUCCCCGGAGGCGCUCUCUCUUGGAGAAGUGGCUUAUCAUGACUACCACGGCAUUCUGGUUGAUGAGGAGGAAAAAGUCUUGAUUCAGAAAAAUCUCGGGCCUAAAAGCAAGGUUCUUAUUCUCCGGAAUCACGGGCUCGUGUCAGUUGGAGAGAGCGUCGAGGAGGCUUUCUAUUACAUCCAUAACCUCGUGGUCGCGUGUGAGAUCCAG